AUGCCUGUCGCCGACGAUGAUCAAGCAAUAUUGAUCCACAAUGAGGAACUACCUCAUGAGCCAGGGCCAUCCAAUAUGGUCGGCGUCGCUGAUACCGACCCACCCGAGGGAAGUAACAAGCGUCCUGUCGAGUACGAAGAUGAUUUUGCGGAACAUCAGCUCGUACGGAUUCCCGAUGAUGAUGAUUCCACGAGUUUUUCCUUGAAAAAGUUGUGGGCCUUUACGGGCCCAGGGUUCUUGAUGUGUAUCGCUUAUUUGGAUCCCGGAAACAUAGAGAGUGAUCUACAAUCGGGUGCCACGGCUAGAUACGGGUUACUAUGGGUACUAUUCUAUGCUACAGUACUUGGGUUGUUGCUGCAGCGGAUGGCCUCAAGAUUGGGUGUUGUAUCUGGAAAGCAUAUGGCCGAGGUAGCACACAGCUACUAUCCGAAAAAACCAAGAAUUGUUCUUUGGAUAAUGGUCGAAAUAGCUAUUAUCUGUUCGGACAUGCAAGAAGUCAUCGGGACCGCGAUUGCACUUAAUCUGUUGAGUAACGGAUUGAUACCACUUUGGGUUGGCGUUAUCGUUACGAUCCUGGACACCAUUACGUUUUUGUACUUUGAACGUUAUGGAUUCCGCAAGCUAGAAGCUAUUUUCGCCGUUUUAAUCUCGACAAUGGCCGUAUCUUUCGGCUAUGAAUAUUUUGUGGUCAACCCGGACCAUUUUCAAGUGGCUAAAGGCAUUAUAGUACCAUGGUGUCCGAAUUGUGGCUCAACGCAAUUUUUGCAGGGAAUUUCGGUUGUGGGAGCUGUCAUUAUGCCACAUAAUUUGUAUUUGCACUCGGCUCUUGUUAAGAGCCGCAAAAUCGAUCGAACACGAGAGACAAAGAUCAAGGAAGCCAAUUAUUACUUCUUCUUCGAAUCGGCUAUCGCCUUGAUCAUCUCGUUUUUCAUCAACGUCUUUGUAGUUGCUGUUUUUGCUCAUGGCUUUUUUGGAAAAUCAAAUGUGGAAAUUCGCGAUUCUUGCAAAAAAAUGGAAGGAAUGGGUGACAAAAUCGAUAUAUUCCCAAACAAUACGGAAGACGCGACCGCGGAUAUUUAUAAGGCUGGCAUCUUUCUGGGUUGUGAAUUCGGCUUACCGGCGCUGUACAUUUGGGCGCUUGGUAUUUUGGCGGCUGGCCAAAGCUCCACUAUGACUGGGACUUAUUCGGGUCAAUUUGUGAUGGAGGGUUUUAUUCAAGUUCGAUGGGCAAAGUGGAAGCGGGUAUUUGUGACGCGCGCUAUCGCCAUUGCACCAACACUUGGCGUAGCUGUAUGGGCUAGUGACAUGGAUAAAUUGACGGGAAUGAAUGAUUUACUGAAUUGCGUACAAAUGAUUCAACUGCCAUUCGCCAUCAUCCCGAUCAUCACUUUCACUUCAAGCGAAAAGAUCAUGCACGAAUUCAAAAGUUCAAGACCUUUCCAAGUAUUCGCCUGUUUAACUUCGACAAUUGUCAUCGGUAUCAACAUAUUUUUCAUCUACGACUAUAUAACAACAGCACUUGGAACGGCGUGGUACGUCCUCAUCUGUCUCUCAAUCGCCACGCUAUUAUAUUUCGGGUUUAUUUGCUACCUGGCCGUCUAUUGUCUCGUGUCGAUUGGCAUUAUUCCGGAGACUUGGCAGCUGCACGGCUUCUCCUUCCAAAGGCCUUAUGAGACGGAUGCGCCAUGGUUGAAAAUUGAGCGCCUACCGGAAGCGCGUACUGUUACAGAGAUUUUC